UACGCCUUUCAACUUCGUGGGGUUUGUUAUGUUGUUAAAAAAUUAGCUUUGCCUUUCAUAAAAUUACAUAUUGAACUCUAUGCUAAAAUGUCAUAGAUUGAUUACUUUACAAAAUAUAAUUCCUCAAAAAUGUGUAGUGAUAUCUCAGAAUAGUGAUAUAAACUCUGAAUAUAAAUAUUUCAAGAAAGUGUCAUAGAAUGAAGUUUAUGCUUGUCAAGUUCGAUAUAAAAUUUUGAUAUUUUCUAAAAAUUUUAAUAAGAUGAUUGUUUCGGUUCAUUGAGUUAUAAAUAAUCUUUUAUGAUAUUUGCUAUUACUGGUCAUCGAAAUCACUGAUGAACUAUGGGAGCGAUAAUAUAAAGGAACAUAUAAAAUAUUUAAAGAAUUCGCAAUGCGAUCAACCUUAAUCAAAAUGAGAUCUGUGAAGCUAAAAUGUUUCAUACUAACAGUGAUUAUUUUAUCAGUGUAUCUGUUUAUAUUUUACGUUCUACUUGAUAUUUGGUUUUUCCAGAAGAAAAAUGGUUUAAUGAGCUCUAUAGUUUUGUCGAAUGUUAUUGUUCAUAUAGAUUUCAAAGGAUCUCCUCCGAAGUUAAGUUACUUGGAAUCUUUACUUCCUAUACUUAAGAGUCAUGGAGUGAAUGGUCUACUGAUGGAGUAUGAAGACAUGUUCCCCUACGAAGGCAAACUUAUUAACAUAAGCGCUAAGAAUGCUUAUGGAAGAUCAGAGCUGCAAAAGUUUAUCAUCGCAGCUACCAAUAUGGAAUUUGAAAUAAUACCGUUGGUGCAAACGUUUGGCCAUUUAGAGCAUGUGUUGAAAUUGCAAGAAUUCCAGCACCUCAGAGAAAUGCCGCUGUAUCCUGACUCCAUCUGUCCCACGAAGGAAGAAAGUAGGAACUUACUUAAGGACAUGUUGCGACAAAUAAUAUUUUUUCACAACAGCAUAUCAGAACUAAAAUACAUACACAUCGGUUGCGAUGAAGUUUAUCACAUAAACAAAUGUAAACAAUGUGCAAAAGAAAAACUUGGAAAUAAUGACCUUUUCGUUAAUCACGUUAAUUUGAUUUCUGAAAUUGUAAAACUCUUGAGCCCUGCUACUGUUGUUCUUAUAUGGGACGACAUGUUACGUGAAAUAAAACCAAUGGAAUGGGAAGACUUCGAUAAUUUCGUACAAACAGAACCGGUCUACUGGGACUACAAGCCAAACUUGGCCGUUUCACAUCUCAACUUAUUGAAGUAUCGGAAGAAAUUUGAUAAUAUUUGGAUAGCUUCGGCAUUCAAAGGCGCUGACGGGCCAAUAGCUACAAUUCCAAAUUUGAAAAACCGAUUCAUGAACCAUUUUAGCUGGCUGAAUCUGAUUUUAGAUUAUAAAUUCGGUGGUGAUGAUAAAGUGUACAAUUUCAAAGGAAUAAUACUGACUGGAUGGUCCAGGUAUAACCACAUGGAUCCUCCAUGUGAACUUCUGCCGUUGGCUUUACCAAGUCUUAUUUUAAAUUUACUGCUCAUUAAGAAAUUCCAGUCAGGCAUCGUUGUCGAUGACGAUGAAACAAGUUUAGGUGUUGAUGGAUUUUUCGCGAAACACCUAGAUACGGAAUUCAAUCAAAGUUUGAAAUGCAAACAUAUCGGAAUAGAGAACAUGGAUUAUUCAUCGUGUACUCUUCAUAGUCUUGAACUGUAUACUAUAUUGGAGCGUUAUAGACAUACAACUGAAAACAUUGAAAGCCAUUUCUAUAAUGAUAAAAUUGGCCUUAAGUCCAUAGAGUACUAUUCAAAACAGGGUUAUGUUAAUAUAAACAAUGUAAGGAGACACAUGAAAUGGAGUAACGAAACAUUGUAUGAACUUAUCGAUAUUGAAAAAAUGCUUUAUGGAACUAUGUUGAAAUACUAUGACAGAGAAUUUACAAAAGAAUACGUAAAUUUCAAAACAUAUGCUAACAAAAAACGAUUAAAGGAAUUGUAUAAAACUUUACGGGCUUAUACGAAACCUCGACAUUGGCCUCGAAGACCUGCAAAAUCUCUUUUUGUUGCAUUAAAGUAAUUUACAAAAUAUCUCAGGCGUUUCCAGAACAUAGCUUUAACAAGACAUGUAUUUUUUGUGAAUUACACUAUAAUAUUUACCCAUAGAAAUUGUUAUCUUGAGCAACAAUAAAAUUACAGAAACUUAUAGUUUUUUAAGAUUCCGUUCUUAUGGUUAUGCUUAAAAAAUUGUAGUGUCAUGAAAUUGUGAAAAUGUUUUACAUAAAGAUUUAAUCUUUCAGAGUU